UAUUCAGCCAACAAAACAUUCUAGUCCAACACCAAACCGACCUCUUAUCUUCCCCUCUCUCUAAUUUGUUCUUGAAUUUCAACCUUCAACAAGUUUUCUUUUAUUUAUUCCUAUCUGGUUACUUCUUUCCAUCAACGAUUUAGUUUGAUCCACAUGGGCUCAAGCUUGUGCUGCUCUAGCCAUCCAGAUACCUAUGAAAGUACAACCGGUGACCGGAGCUUGCCAACAGGCGAUGACAAAUUUCUAUCUGACGCAAGCACCUUCUCCUUGAAGGAGCAAGAGCAUCAGCUUAAGGCAGCGAGAUUGGAGGAGCAAAGACUUGGCCGUGAAGCCGAGAAAGUCAACACAUGGGUCAAACACGAAUCAGCCAGGUUCGACUACCUUCCAGGCUUCCAUAGUUGACCGUUGCUUAGACCUAGCCUUCAUAUAUUCUUGUAGCUGUUAAAAAGGCUCUGUCAUGUAUAAUUUCUGUAUAUUUAUACGAAACACAAACCAAUAGUGUAUAUAUAUAUAUACA